CCUUCCCGUCGGCCGAGACAGACGACAACCAACGCACACACAACACCGCUAUCACCGCCGCGUUCUUUUCCCCUCCCAUUUCCGACAACAACCACCGUCGCCUACGUCUCCGUCUUGACCACCGAGAGAUAUCAAGCGACCCCGUCGCCUCCACCUGCUCCUCCACACUGAAAAGAAGAUCUCGACAGAAAUGGCAGGUGAGAGACGCGUGCUGACGCUAGGUGGAAAAGGCUCCUCCCUCUCUUCAGCUUCAGUUUUUGAAUUCGCCAUUGCUUCUCCUCCUAUGCUUCUCAAAAUUGACCCUUCUGCUCUCGCCAGGCUAUCUUCGGCUCCUUCCAAUCAGAAAUCAUCAUCACCUCCCUUCAAGUUUCAGCAAUCAGUGCCUGAUUUUUUAACCCCUGAGGAAGCCAGAGCGUCCAUUCUUCUGCUCCUGUACAAGAUUUUGCUUGGUGGAUCCUCCUCCUCCUCCUCUACUGCGUCUCAGCUAUCGGAUAUACUGAAUAAUGAGACUCAAACCCCCACGAUUGACCUUGAUGUCGCACGCCAAGAUGACCUUUAUCUUUUAAACAGUUGCUGGCCUGGUGUUGCUCUCCAUGGUAUCUGCGCCCUUCUGGAUCACACCGCCUCCUCAUUGGCUACGGUUGCUGAUGCUGUUGCGGCCUUGUCUUGUGAGGCCUUGAAGGCUGAUGCUUCCACUGCCUUUAAUUUCUUCACGGACUCGGGUGAUGGUUCAUCUGACAAAGAUAGAGUUGCCGUUGCUAAUGAUUUCAAGGUUUUGCUUAAUGGCUCUAAAUUACGGGGUAAUCUGCAGUGUGACCAAGUUUACAAUAUUCCCAUAAUUCAUGGUCGUUUGAGGUCUCUCUGCAAGUCAGUCCACUCCUCAACUCGGGUGGAAUUGAAUUCCAUCCCGUCAGCAGGAGGAGGUGCCAGCGAGGACUUGACCGCACUCCUCUCGUCUCUGGCUUUUGCCCUUCAGAAUCUUGGUGAUAGUAGUUGGACACGAGCAAAGCUUUGUCUACAAAAUUUGGCAAAAGACAACUUAUUUCCUAGUUUGGCCGAGAGUUUCAGUGCUGGAUGCCCUGACCUUGACAGUUUGAAAGCCUCCAUUAAUUCUUUUGUGUCAUCCAAGAUGGAAAAAAGCUACAUCAGGUCCUUGCAUGAAAUUUAUAAUUUAUCUGAGGCUGUGAGAAAGAUCCUUUCUUGGGAAGCAACAGUUUCUUUUAUAUCACUUGAGGGGAGUGAGUUGAUGGAGAACGGGCAGGUCGGUACACAAGUAAAAGAGGAUAUCGAUGGAGUAAGUGCGAAAUCAGAUAAAAAGAAGGACAAGAAAAAGAAGGUUAUGGGGAAAGGCACAACUGUCCUUAUGCAGUUUAUAAAGGAUAGAUUACAGUCUGUACCAAGUAAGGUAGUUGAUAGUUCAGCUCUCCCUGAGAGAGUGGCACAAGGUUUCCUCUCCUUUCUUGACUUGAAAGACCCUGGCUUCGAACAUCUACUACAGAAAGUGAAAGAUGUUGUUGACAGCAAUGAAAGCAGAAGACUUCCCAAGCUCCCUAAGGGGACUCGUGAUUUUGCAAAAGAACAGAUGGCUGUAAGAGAGAAAGCAUUCUCAAUCAUUGGCAAUGUGUUCAAAAGGCACGGUGCAAUGGCGCUUGAUACUCCUGUAUUUGAAUUGAGAGAAACUCUUACAGGAAAGUACGGGGAAGAUUCAAAGUUGAUUUAUGACCUGGCUGACCAGGGUGGAGAGCUUUGUUCCCUCCGGUAUGACCUAACGGUCCCAUUUGCUAGAUAUGUUGCUAUGAAUGGUCUCACGUCAUUCAGGAGGUACCAAAUGGCGAAAGUGUAUAGAAGAGACAACCCAUCUAAGGGAAGGUACCGUGAAUUUUAUCAAUGUGAUUUUGACAUUGCCGGUGAUGAAACAAUAGCAGCUGACUUUGAGGUGGUUAAAAUUUUGACUGAACUGUUGGAUGAGCUAAACAUUGGUGAUUAUGAGAUAAAGUUGAACCAUCGAAAGUUGCUGGAUGGAAUGUUGGAUAUAUGUGGUGUGCCAUCUCACAAAGUUCGAACCAUUUGUUCAAGUAUUGACAAAUUAGACAAGCAAUCGUUUGAUCAAAUUCAGAAGGAAAUGAUUGAAGAGAAGGGAUUAGAUGCCAAGACAGUGGAAAAGAUUGGUUCAUUUGUGAAGCUAAGGGGGCACCCUUUGAAAUUACUAUUGGAACUCAAAAAAGAAGGAAGCGAAUUUCUAACAAAUGAUGCAUCCAAUCAAGCAUUGAAAGACUUGGAGAAGCUAUUUCAAGCGUUGGACAACUCGAGGUGUGUCGACAAAGUGGUUCUGGAUCUGAGCUUGGCAAGAGGCCUUGAUUAUUACACUGGAGUCAUAUUUGAAGCUGUUUUCAAGGGGGCUACACAGGUUGGUUCAAUUGCUGCUGGUGGACGUUAUGACAAUCUUAUAGGCAUGUUUGGUACAAAACGAGUUGCUGCAGUUGGUGUCAGCCUGGGAAUAGAACGUGUAUUCACAAUCAUGGAACAACUCCAAAAGGAUGAGAAGCAGGCACUCCGAGCCAGUGAAACACAAGUUUUAGUGAGCAUACUGGGGGACGACAUAUCUUUAGCAGCUAAACUUGUAAGCAUGUGUUGGGAUGCAAAACUGAAAGCAGAGUUCAUGGCCAAUAAACGGCUGACAAAGCACUUUGAUCGUGCCAAAGAAUUUGGGAUUCCUUGGAUGGUGAUCGUUGGUGAGCGAGAAAUUAAUGAAGGAAUUGUGAAGUUGAAAAAUAAGGAAGCGAAGGUAGAAGUAGAGGUUCCUACAAGCAAUUUUGUGGAUGAGCUUAUGAGACUGAUGAAUGAUAAUGCUGCUGCUGCUGCUGCUGCCUCCAGGUAACUGGAAAAAGGAAAGUUAUUGUGACAGUUUUUCUUUCUUUACAAUUUAUUUGAACUUGUGAGCGGCCUGCAAUUUGUAGUUUCACCUUGUAAAACCAAUAUUUUUGCCACUACUACUUGCUGUUGGUUUUUAUGGUUUGUGAUUUUAGGUCUAAAAUGAGAUCCCUUUUUGUUUUCA